AUGAAAACAAUUUUAUUGAUAAAAAAUAAAGAUACACAUCCGGCAUCAAAAAUAUGGGUAUCUGGUCCUCAUUUGCCUAAAUUAAAACAUUGGGAAGAAAUGGGUGCUAAUAUUACUACAAAAAAUGGAGAAGUAUUUUAUAAGUGUGAUAUUAUUUUUCUUGGUGUGAAACCUGGUCUACUGAAUGAUGCCAUUAAUGACUGUCUUAACACCUUACCUCCAAAUGCUUCUAGUAAAAAUGUUCUUUUUAUAUCAAUGUUGGCUGGUGUCUCUAUUGAUCAAUUGCAUAAGGCAAUAAACGUUCUAUCAAAAGAUUCUAGUGUUGUAAGAAUAAUGCCUAAUACACCUAUGAGUGUAGGCGCUGGCGUUUGUUUGUACACACCAGACAGUAGUGUGACAAGAGAGCAGUGUGAAAUUUUAGAGAAGCUUUUAAGUAGUUGUGGUAUUUAUGAAGAAGUUUCCGAAUCAUUGAUGGAUGCUGCUGGACCCUUACCUGGUUGUGGACCAGCUUUUAUGUACAUUGUAAUAGAAGCACUAGCAGAUGGUGUGGUCAAACAGGGUGUACCAAGAGCGAUGGCAUUACGCUUAGCUGCCCAGGUUUUAAUUGGCAGUGGGGAGAUGGUUUUACAAACAAACAAACAUCCUGGUCUUUUGAAGGAUGAAGUCUGCUCACCGGGUGGCUCUACAAUAUAUGGUGUGACAGCUCUAGAAAAUGGAGGAUUAAGAAACAGAGCAACAUUGAUCAACGCGAUUGAAGCAGCAGUACUUAAAUGCAAAGAGUUAGGAAAGAAGUAA